AAUGGAAAAUGUAUAGCAAUUUACAGGUUAAAAAAUAAAAGUGGGAGAGGUAGAGGUAGAGGCCUUUCAUGGACGAUUAGUGGGCCCAAUUCUUUAGCGCGUAAGCAUGGCGAGACCCAAUCUCAUUUACUAAAAAAGUCUAUAAAAGGAGGUCUACUUCUUGUAUAUGGAAAAGGAAAAGGAAAUUUUUACUUACUAAAAUCCCAGCAAAUUCGAUAAUAUGAAGAGCAUGAUUUAUUUAAUAACGAAGGCGAAAUGGAAGAAAUCAUCAAAAAGGAAGGAAAAGAGAUUCCGCGAACGCAUGAGAGCGGAGAUGGGAAUGAUUAGAGUCAGACAACAAACACGUUCAAAAACUGCUGCUAGGAUGCAGUGUAGCUCAAUUGUGGCUGAAAUGGAAAGGCUUCAAGAAGAGGUAGCAUUGAAGAGGGAAGAGACAAGCGCCCUGAGACAACAGCAGUUAAGGGAAGAAACUAUGGCGGAAGCUAUCUUACAAAAUCUCAAUCAACAAAGGCUGCUCAACGCCUGCUUCUUACUCCAACAUUCAUGUAACCAACAUCUUCUUGACCUUCUGAUACCCCAUUUUCUAGGUUGAAAUUCUUCUACGGAGAUUGAAUCUGUACAUAAUAUGAUAAAUGUUCGGGUAUGUAUCAUUGCCUAAAGCUUAGGCUUUGAAGUUGGCAAAGCAGCCUUUUUUUUUUUUUAUGAUAAAUGUUGUUGUUGUUAUUAGGAAUAUUUUUUUAUAUAAAUUUUUAUUUAUAACCAUAUUUUAAUUA